AUGGAUAAAACAAAUAAUGAAGAGUUUGUCAUUUCUGGUAUCUCAGGACGAUAUCCAGAGUCUGACUCUAUCGACGAGUUUAGUGAUAAUCUCUACAAUAAUAUUAAUAUGAUUACCGACGAUGAGAGACGAUUUCCUAAAGUUUUCAAUGAGUGUCCCAUGUCUAGUGGCAAAAUUAAGCAUGCAGAAAAGUUUGAUGCCAAAUUUUUUGGUGUAUCCGACUGGGAGGCCGACUACAUGGACGCCCAGAUUAGGGCUAUGCUGGAGACCACCUACGAGGCUAUUUGUGACUCAGGCACUUUACCAGAAUCUCUAAGCGGUAGUAAUACCGGCGUAUUUAUCGGCCAAUUCAUGGACGAAGAGUUGAUUGCCUACCGAGACUUCACUCAAUUGGCUGCUUAUAAAAAUACGAUAUCCCAGACACUGGCCUUUAAGUUCAAUCUUAAGGGACCAACUUUUGCAGCCGACACCGCUUGUGCAUCAAGUUUUGUGGCCCUUCAUGAAGCUUAUAUAGCUCUGAAAACUGGUCAAUGCGAUGCUGCACUGGUAGUCGGCGUCAAUAUGUCGUUUAAUCCGGGAAUUCAAUAUAAUUUUUUCAAACUCAAUAUGAUUUCGCCGGACAGUCGGUGCAUGUGUUUGGACGAAAAGGCCAACGGUUACGCCAAAGGAGAGGCCUGUGUGACAAUAUUAGUGCAGAAAAGGCCAGCGGCUAAACGUAUAUACGCCACAAUACUCAAUAUUAAAUCAAACAAUGAUGGCUACAAAAAGGAAGGCAUAACGUUCCCCAGUUGGGAGAGACAGUAUAUUGUUAUUAAAGAAACUUACGCCGAGUGCGGUAUCGAUCCGGGAACAGUAGAAUAUAUGGAAGCACAUUGCACAGGUACUAAAGCUGGAGAUCCUGUUGAAAUGCGAGCUAUCUAUAAUGCAAUGGUUAAAGACCAUAUAAGGGAUAAGCCGUUAAUGAUCGGGGCGUUAAAGUCCAACAUCGGUCACAGUGAAGCCGCUUCCGGAUUGUGUGCCGUUAGUAAAGUGGUGUUGGCCUUUGAAAACGAAGUGAUUCCCGCAAACCUACACUUUAAUAAUCCUAAUCCAAGAAUCGAGAGUCUCAUCAGUGGUCACAUAAAGCCUAUCAAUAAAAACACAUCAUUUACAGGUGAUCUGAUUGGUCUGAAUAACUUUGGUUUUGGCGGCUCUAAUGCACAUCUUAUACUUCGGUCGCCAAAGUUAAAAGCAUCGGUAGAUAAUGCAGUAGUAGUCGAUAAAUAUCCUCGUUUGGUGCAGAUAUGCGGUCGCAAUGAAGAGGCGGUUCGAUAUUUUUUYAGCCGACUAUUUGAAAAACCAAAAUCUGUAACAAGAGAUACACUAUAUUUGGUAAAUAAGUUAUCAAAGAGCACUCCGUUUGAUGACAAAAGCACGGGAUAUCAGCCCAUGAGAUACCGGGGCUUUUCAUUGUUGAGACAGAAUCAGCCAGAAUUGAAAUACUCUCCUAUUGUGGUUCAAAAAGUGCCGAAAACUCCUAAACAAUUAUGUCUGGUAUACACAGGAGUUGGAUCUCAAUGGCCAGCAAUGGCUAAAGAUCUAAUGUGUUUUGAUGUCUGCUCACAAUCCAUAAGCAGAUCAGAUAACUAUUUAAGCAAAUAUAAUAUAAAUUUGAUGGAAAUGUUAACCGAAAAAGAGUCGGAUAUCAAUAGAUCAGCAAUUAAUUCAAUUGUCUCAUUGGUGGCCAUACAGAUAGCGCUUACAGAUCUACUCAUUGAUUUGGGCUUAAAUGCCGAUAUCAUUGUUGGCUACUCUACCGGUGAAAUAGUUUGCGCUUACGCUGACAAAUAUAUUACCAGUGAACAGGCCCUAGAAAUAGCAUAUUUUUGCGGUAAAUUUAUUGAUACAAUUGCCAAAAAAAGUGAUUUUAAUGAAACCGUAAAAGAGAAAAAUAUAACAAAAUUUUUGGACAAUUAUUAUGAGGAACUCCUAAAAAGUUCAUUGGAUAUGACAUCUAAUUAUGAAUCACUUCUUCAAUCGUUAAAUUCAAUAAUAAUAACAACAAAAUAUAGUAAAUCUGGAAAAUGGAUUAGAAAUACAGCCAACAAUUUGAAUGAUUUGACAUCUAAUAAAAUUGACGGCAAGUUUUUCAUUGAUAGCCUCCUAAGUCCAACACUUAUGCAAACAACACUGGCUUAUGUAGAUAAAAAUGCUAUCAUUGUUGAAAUAUCACCCGAUGCCAUGUUCGGGUCUGAGCUGCCGACAAUUGGACCUAAUUUUACAUACAUUCCUCUUAUGGGUCAAAAUCUUUCGACUAAUAUCUCGAAAACAUUACUAAAAAGUUUUGGUCUAUUGUAUGCACAGGGAGUCAAUUUGAACAUUGAAAAACUUUAUCCCUCAAUUACAGCACCGGUAUCCACAGGCACUAGAAUAUUAUCAUCUCUAAUCAAAUGGGAUCACUCCAAAAGCUAUCGGUUAACCAAAUUUCCCGAUUAUUUUAACUUUCUCAGCAGUAAAGAGGACGAGUCGUAUACUAUAGACUUUAUGGAUCAAAAUGAUCAGUAUAUAGCUGACCACUGUAUUGAUGGCAAAAUACUGGUGCCGGCAACUGGUUAUCUAUUGUUUGCCUGGAAAUCGUUGGCAUUUUACAAAAAGAUUGAUUAUAAGAAAUUUCCCGUCGAGUUUCGCGACGUCCAGAUUUUAAGGGCUACACCCAUUCAAAAGGGUGGAAAAGUUAAGCUUUACGUAAAUCUGGAUCCGCUAACAGGUAGGUUUGACAUUAUUGACAGUGGCACACUAGUGGCCACUGGAACUGUAUGUGAGAUUCAACACAAUCAGCUGCAAUACGGAUCAAUUAUUAAUGAGAUCAAAUCGAUGGACAAAAAUCAAGACAAUAAUGUUAUUUUAAUGAAAACAAAAGAUAUCUAUAAAAAGUUGCGAAUCUGUGGCUAUAAUUAUGGCAAACAAUUUCAAUGUAUACGAGAGUCACGUGAAAUCGAUGAUCUAUAUGUUGUGGCACAGAUAGCUUGGAUGGAUAAUUGGGUUACAUUUACAGAUUGUGCUCUACAAACCUCGAUAUUGGGAAUGAAAUCAAAACAACUACUGGUGCCGGUGACCAUUGAAUUGCUCAGAUGUGAUCCAUUUGUACUAUUCAACAAUAAAAGUCAAUCGGAAGUGGAGGUCAUAUAUGAUCCUUAUUUAAACAUUUCUGUGACCAAUGGCCUUGAGAUAAGAGGUGUCAAAGCCAGUCCAUUGCAGCGUAAUAUUAAGUCACAGAAACCGGCGCUAAGAACCUAUGAGUUUGAAUCGUUUAAUGGAGAGUAUAUCUAUGAAACUCAAAGCUCAUACCUAAAGUAUAGACAAUUGUGCGAUGAAUUGGCUGUCAAAAUAAUGAAGAAGGAAAUGGGAUUUUCAUUAUCUGGAAGUGAUGCCGAUAUUAUGGGCAAAAUUCCUAAUGAAAUGAAAACAUUAUAUAACAUAUUGUUAGAUAUGAGUGAUGGUAAUCCCGCGCCACCACUGGAAACUGCUGUCAAAGACCUGGACAGAGAUCUGAUGUCAUCAGCAGUUAUGGACACAAACUUUCUUCGUUCUCAACUGACUGUUGUAUUGGAAAACAUGAAUGAAAAUAAUGGCCAGAAUUUAUGUGUUGUCGAAGUAAAUGAUAGCUCUUGUCUAUGGUAUGCACCGGUGAUGAACGCUAUUGACAUUUAUCAAUAUAGUCUUCACAUCGAUUAUUCGGUAAUAAACUCGCGAAUCAAAGACAUGGAUGAAUUGAGUUCAAGUGUUAAACGAUAUCAUUUACACGAUUCUUGUAUCGCACCUGAAGUUGUCGAUCAAAGUGUGGAUCUAAUUGGAUUUGUUGUUAUUGUAUUAAAGGAUAAGUUAAGUAGUGCUGAAAAGUUUAUAUAUUCAUCACUGGGAUUGAAGUUGCCGUCCGAUUCAAACAUAUCACUUACUGACAGUUUGAUAUCAAUGGCACAAAAAUAUGACUUUUCGUUGAUAUCCAACAAAUCGGACUGUUUUUCUAUGCAUUCAAUUCUAUUCAGAAAAUGUUUUGGCAAACAAUCAGAUGUUGACAAACAACAGGUGAUCGUCGAGAUUACCAAUGAUUACCAAAAUUGGUUGCCUAUAGUUAAAGAUCAAAUAAAAUCAAUUGCCAACAAACCGGACAAUCAAAAUGUAUGGCUUAUAGCUAAAGGUGAAGAUAAGGGACUGUUAGGUUUUAUGAAAUGUUUGAGCAAAGAGCCUAAUGGACACCGUGUAAGAUGCGUACAGAUAAUGGAUAAUUUGGAUUUUGAUGUCAAUGAUGCUAUAAUUAAAAAUAAUAAUAUUAACUCAAUUAUUGCUAAUGAUUUAGCAAUAAAUGUAAUUAAAAACGGUAGUGUCGGACACUAUGUCAUGAAUAAGUUAUCCGAAAGACCCGAUAAGCGCUACUCUGAACACUGUUUCAUAAAUCUUCGAAACAAAGGAGAUCUAUCAUCGUUUGAAUGGUAUGAAUGUCAGCACCGUUUGUGGCCAAUCAAUGGCAGUGAUCGACAAAAAUUGGUUCAUAUAUACUAUUCGGCGCUUAAUUUUAAGGAUAUCAUGUUAGCUACCGGACGACUGGUCACUGAAUCGCCUACCGGUGAGACUGAGUGUCUAAUUGGAUUUGAAUUUACCGGAAGGGAUGAAAAAAUGAAUCGCGUUAUGGGUAUGAUAGUAUCAAAAGCGUUGGCCACUACAUGUAUAGUUGAAAACAGAGAUUUUCUAUGGCCAGUGCCCGAGCACUGGACACUAGAAGAGGCGGCUACAGUUCCCUGUGUUUACGCCACUGCAUACUAUGCGUUGAUAAUUCGCGGCAAACUUUGCGCCAAUGAGAAAGUGCUAAUUCAUUCGGGCAGUGGAGGUGUUGGACAGGCAGCCAUUAGGAUAUGCCUAUCACUGAACUGUCAGCUAUUCAUAACUGUUGGUUCGGUAACAAAACAGAAAUAUCUGCAAAAAUUAUUUCCCGUUUUAAAAGACAAUCAAUUUUGUUCGUCACGUGACGUCAGUUUUAAGAGACAUAUAAUGGCAGAAACUAACGGUACAGGAGUUGAUAUCGUACUUAACUCUUUGUCCGACAAAAAAUUGAUGGCAAGCGUAGAAUGUUUGGCCAGUAAUGGCCGAUUCCUCGAGAUUGGCAAAUACGAUCUGUCAAAAGACACAAAAUUAGAUACUUCGCAAAUGUUGGUCAACAAAACAUUUCACGGCAUACAAGUGGACACUUUAUUUGUAGUCAACGAUAAGACAUCGAAGACGAUGCUUAAGGAUAGAAAAAUGAUUUGGGAACUGAUCAGCGAUGGUAUAGCUAGAGGUGUAGUCGUACCACUUGAUCGUUCAGUUUAUCCGUCAGACAAGUGUGAAGAAGCGUUCCGUUUUAUGGCCAGCGGUAAACAUGUCGGCAAAGUUCUGGUCAAAAUCAGAGACGAAGAACCAUUGAAUCAAACAUUGGUUGACUUCACACCUAUCAAGAUGUUAGCCAAUCCUCGCACUGUCUUCUAUUCUAAUAAGAUAUAUAUACUAACGGGUGGUUUGGGUGGUAUGGGUCUCGAGAUAAUUGAUUGGAUGAUCCAAAGAGGUGCCAAUAAGUUUGUGGUUACAUCAAGAACUGGACCCAAACAGCCGUAUCAAUUUUCAAGACUCAAAUAUUUCCGAGAACUUGGAGCCGAGGUUUCUCUGUGGACACAACCAAUCAGUUCAGUUGAUUGCGCCCGAGAUCUGUUAGAAGAGUGUCUUAAAAUGGGAACAAUCGGUGGUAUCUUUCAUUUGGCACUUGUACUCAGCGAUGGUAUUCUUGAGAACCAAACUGUAGAGUCUUAUGAUAAAGUAUUUGAACCAAAGUCUAAAACAUUGAAGCAUUUGGACGAAUUGUCCCGCAAAAUGUGUCCACUUUUGGAUUAUUUUGUCGUAUUUUCAUCAGCGGUCACAUGUCAUGGAAAUCCAGGUCAAACUAACUACGGGUUCACCAAUUCAAUUAUGGAGCGAUUAUGUGAACGUCGCCGAUGUGAUGGUUUACCUGCACUGGCCGUACAGUGGGGAUUAGUCGGUGAUGUUGGCUAUGUUGCCGAUAACAUCAGCGCCGAUGACCACAUUUUAGGCGCUAUUCGUUCACAGAGACUAUAUUCAUGUUUGCAAACAUUGGAUCAAUUGUUACAAAGCGAUCACACUAUCUGUUCCAGUGUUAUUUACAAUGAUAUCAAUCGUAAGUCCAGUGCAUCAGGUGAUCAAAAAGAUUUAUUGACAAAAGUAGCGCACAUUUUGGGCCACAAAGAGAUCCAUAAACUCGAUCCGAAAGUUCGUCUCUCAGAACUGGGAAUGGAUUCACUGAUGAGUGUAGAGAUCAAGCAAUCAAUUGAACACAACUUUGAUGUGGUUUUGUCCACACAAGAGAUACAGAAUCUGACAAUUGAACGAAUCAGACAAAUAGGUAGUAAACCUGGUGGAGGAAAGUCGGCAAAAACUAAUAGUGCUGUUAAUGAAAAAAAAGAAAUGUCAGCAUUAGAUCCAAAAGAAAAACCUGAUUCUACUAUCAAUUUAGAAGUAUUUAAGAUACCGACUGAAAAGUUUGUAUAUCUCAACGAUGUCCGCACCGGUCGUAAAAUAUUUUAUAUGCCGCCGACUGACGGCACUUACCAUCAAAUUGUUCCGAUAGUUGCCGCUAUAGACCGGCCGGUAAUUGGACUCAACUGGACUUCCGAUUGUCUUAAAUUUGAUACAAUUAGCAAAACUGCUCAACACUUCUUGGAUAUCAUAAAUGAAAACUUUGGAAACAAAUCAACGGAUUUGGAGUUUGAUAUCAUCGGCUAUUCAUACGGUGUAUUUGUUUCACUUGAAAUGUGUCUUAUUCUUCAGGAACGACACUAUAGAUAUCAGCCCAAACUCGUGGCACUAGACAUGUGUCCGGUUCAGACCAAACAUGAUCUGUCGCUAUCAUUAGAUGCAACAAAAGACAUAUUGGGUAUCGAUCGGGACCUAAACAUUAUGUUUACAUUCUUAAUGGACAAAAUAUCGGUCGACACACAAGAGUUGGCCAAAAAUGUUUCCCAAGUGAUGGACAAACGCGAGCGCAUUGAUCGUGUGGCCAAACUGUUUGUUGACAAGUGUCCGCCAACUAUCAACUGUGGCCAUCAAGAAGUUAUAUUUGCAUUGGAAACUCAUUUGGUUAAAUGGUCGCAAGCACUGGACUAUCAAUGGGACAAACGGCCCAAACUUGAUGGCAAUGUCCUUCUGGUUCGGGCCAAUCAGUACCUGUUGACCAACACAUCGAUGACAGACUCGAGAAAACAAUAUAUUGUUGAAAACGAUUACGGAUUCAAUAAGGUAUGCAUAUUAAUUACCGGCAAUUGUAUUGUUGAGACAAUCGAUGGCAAUCACACUAACUUUAUGGUCAACAAUCAUCAGCAAAUCGCUGCAUUUAUUCAACAAUUUAUUAAUUAA